CAGAGAGUAGCGCUCACCUCUCAGAGCAGAGUCCCAGCCAAGCCCAGGAGCGAGAGUCAGAGAGAGGAAGGAAAAGUUUGCCAAAUGGAUUUCUUUGCUGGAGUCAGACCUUUAUUAUUUUCAUAUGUACUCAUUAAUGGUAUAUUAAUUACAUUACAGACUAAAGAAGAGGUGCUUUUGGAUAUGAGGGCAACAGGAGGUGAAAUGGGUUGGUUGACAUGGCCAUUAGAUCAGGGAGACAAGCCCGGGUGGGAGGUCGUCCAGAGGACUCUGAACGGCUCUCAGUUCUAUACCUACUCCGUCUGCAAUGUAGGGGAACGUGAGCAGGACAACUGGCUGCGCACCACCUUCAUCCAGCGGCGUCCAGCGGCCUCCCGGGUUUUUGUUGAACUUCAGUUUAUCGUACGUGACUGCAACUCUUUUGGUGACUCCUCGGUGACCUGCAAGGAAACCUUCAACCUCUUCACAUCUGAGUCGGAUGCAGAUGUGGGCACUACCUUCCGCAAGGGCCAGUUUAAGAAAGUGGCCACCAUAGCGCCUGACGAGAUCACCAGCAAAAAUGAACUGCACAUCAACACUGAGACACGAGUAGUGGAGAAUCUGUCUCGAAAAGGCUUCUACUUGGCUUUUCAAGACAUCGGAGCCUGCGUCGCUCUACUCUCUGCCAGGGUCUACUACAAAACUUGCCCAGCCACAGUGAAGAGCCUGGCCUCGUUCCCUGAGACUGUGGCCGGAGGUGAGAACCAGGCACUGAGGGAGGUCAGUGGGGUGUGCAUGGAUAACGCCAUCAGUGAGGAGUUGCCUCGCAUCUACUGCACUGUGGAUGGGGAGUGGGUGGUUCCAGUUGGACAGUGCCAGUGCAAAUCAGGCUAUGAAGAAGUAAAAGACGCGUGUCAAGAAUGUCAGGCUGGCUUCUUCAAGGCAGCCGCAUCUGGUGACAAGUGUGAGCCGUGUCCUGCCAACACCCAGAAGCUGAACUCUGGGGCUUUGGUUUGUCCCUGCAUGGAUGGCUUCUACCGUGCCCCUACUGACCCCCCCACUGGACCCUGCUCAGGCCUUCCCUCUGCUCCACGAGACCUCGUGGCCACCACCACCCAGCUCUCCACAGGAAAACUCCUCCUCUCCUGGCAACCGCCUGAAGACACCGGAGGCCGGAGCGACAUCACCUACAGCAUUGAAUGCCAGCGCUGCGAGGGAGUUGUGUGUCAGUCCUGCGGAGAGAAAAUCCGCUAUGAGCCGGCCAGCACAGGCCUGACAGACACCAAGGUUUCAGUGAGUGAGUUGGACGCUCACCUCAACUACACCUUCACUGUGGAGGCACACAGCGGCGUGUCGCUGUUUGCCAGUCAGGCAACACCGCGGGCUAAUAAACCACCAUCCACCAGCGUUUUGACUACAUCUCUACUCUACACAGAUCCCCCAAAGAUUACCUCAAUGCGACUGGUUGAGAGGACCUCUACAAGCUUGUCCCUUUCCUGGGAUGUAUUCCCCCGACCACGGGUCCAAUCCCGGCCCAUCCGCUAUGAACUCACCUACCGCAAGAAGGAUGAUAACCUUGAUGUGACUACCUACAUCGUGCUCAUACUCGAGAAAAAUUUCGUACAGAUCAGCAAACUGGCCCCUGGCACAGCCUACCUGUUCAGGGUGCAGGCCCUCAGCAGCGAUGGCACCCCUGGAGGCUCCAGCAUGGAGGAACAGUUUGAGACCUCGCUUGAAGAACGCCUCACUCAAAACAACACAGCAGUCAUCUCCUGCGCAGCGGUCGGAGGAGCAGCCAUGUUGUUCAUAGUGGUCAUGGUCCUGUUCCUACGCAGACGGAAAAGGAACUCUCACACCAGGCAAGGACCGGAGGACACCUACUUCUCCAGCUCAGAGCAAUUGAAGCCUCUGAAGACAUACGUGGAUCCGCAUACAUACGAGGACCCCAACACGGCAGUCCUGAAGUUUGCCACUGAAAUCCACCCCAGUCACAUAACCAAACAGAAAGUCAUUGGUGCUGGGGAGUUUGGUGAGGUGUACCGUGGUAUUCUGAAGGUGCCAGGGAGGAAAGAGGUGGCGGUGGCUAUCAAGACGCUGAAGCCAGGCUACUCAGAGAAACAGAGGCAGGAUUUUCUGAGUGAGGCAUCCAUCAUGGGCCAGUUCUCCCACCAGAACAUCAUUCGCCUGGAGGGGGUGGUCACCAAAUGUAAGGACUUCUUCAAACAUGCCAUGAUCGUGACUGAAUACAUGGAGAAUGGAGCACUGGACAGAUACCUCAGGGACCACGAUGGCGAGUUUGCCUCCUUCCAGCUGGUGGGCAUGCUGCGUGGCAUCGCUGCAGGCAUGAAGUACCUCUCUGACAUGAGCUACGUCCACCGUGACCUGGCUGCCCGCAACAUCCUUGUCAACAACACCCUGGAGUGUAAAGUGUCAGACUUCGGCCUGUCCCGGGUGCUGGAGGAUGAUCCUGAGGGGACUUACACCACAAGCGGAGGUAAGAUCCCCAUUCGCUGGACAGCUCCAGAGGCUAUUGCAUACAGGAAGUUCACCUCAGCUAGCGAUGUGUGGAGCUUUGGCAUCGUCAUGUGGGAGGUCAUGGCCUUUGGUGAAAGGCCUUACUGGGACAUGAGUAAUCAUGAGGUGAUGAAGGCUAUCAACGAGGCUUUUAGGCUGCCAGCCCCGAUGGACUGUCCCUCAGCUGUUUACCAGCUGAUGCUGCAGUGCUGGCUCCAGGAUCGUUCCAAGAGGCCACGCUUUGGAGACAUCGUAAACCUGCUGGACAAGCUGCUGCGGAGCCCGGACUCCCUCAAGACCAUCGCAGACUUUGACCCACGCGUAUCCAUCCGCCUGCCCAGCACCAGUGGUUCGGACGGAUCCCCCUUCAGGUCGGUGUCCGAGUGGCUGGAGUCCAUUAAGAUGAGUCAGUACAGUGAGAACUUCACCUGCGCUGGGGUCGUCACUAUGGACCAGGUCCUGCAGAUGAAGAACGAGGAUAUUAAGAACAUUGGGGUGAGGCUUCCUGGCCACUUGAAAAGAAUUGCCUACAGCAUCUUGGGUUUAAAGGACCAGACCAGCACCCUGAGCGUGUUUGCAGUGUGAUCGUGACUACGAAGGGAAUUAAAUUCACUGAAGCAGGCAGCCCUUUGAACUCUAAGCUGAGCUGGAGCGAAACUGCAGGGACGGCUUUGGAUCGGCAGGACCAAGAAAACUGUGCCAUCCUUUGGAGCCGACUGAAUCAGACUGACUUACUGUACAUUUUUGAUUUCUUCAUCUUAUCCACGCGGGAAUUGAGCAAAUAUACAACAAUAGAUGUAUCAAGUAGACUCUGUAUAUUUAGAUAUCUAUUUUUAUUACCCAUGUCUUCUGUACAGAUACAAUUCACUCUUCAUGCAUUUAUUUUUUUUUCUCUGUCAUUUCGCAUUCCUGCUUCAUAAAAAUCAACAAUCAAGCCAGUUCUGGGAACGGCUUCUGCUUUACAAAAUUGCACCCCUGAGCUUGUUGCAUCCAGUAUCAAACAAACAAGGGAAGCACAGUAAGUGUGAUCUUAUGGGAGCAUUGGAGUCCAGCCCCGGCUCAGGUUGUGGUGGUGCUGAUGUCACGGUGUCUCCCUUUAAUUGUCACUUUGGUCCAUGUGAGACCAAUGAGGACGGAGUGUCGAAAGGGCUGAAAUGCGUUUGAGCUGGCCCAAAGUUAAAGAGAUGGCGUUAGGUGUGUAAACACGGAUGGACUUGGUGUUGUUUUUGGCCUUCUGCUGGCUCAGUGCAGAAAUUAAGCUAUAAUCAUAUAAGUGAUGUUAUAUGAAAAAAGAGAGGAUAUAUAUGAGGUACUCUGUGUGUACAGAACUUUUUUGUUUCUUUGUGUUUUGGCAUUUACCAAAAACAUUGGGAUUAAAACUUAUAAUGUAGCACUUGGAUCAAGAAUCUUAUUGUCUUGGUUUCUCUUUGAAUUGCAAGAAAAGGGCUAUUACACAAAAAAUAAAAUGGUAUCGAAGUGAGAAAUUGUGUGAAUGAAAUAAUUUUUCAAAUUAGAAUGCAAUUCAAUUGUAGCAUGCAAGAGGGAGAGGGUGAAGUUUGCCAAAAUGCAAAUGCCCUAAAAAAAGGAAAAAAAAGAUUUAAUGAUGAUGAGUCUUGUUGUGGUUGAAAUGAUUUCACACUUAAUAAUAGUUUGGUUUGCAAUUUCAAUGUCUCAUUUAGUUUUGUAGAAGCUAUACAAAUAUUAAUAUUUCUGUUGGUUUGAGUAACAUGUUGAUGGGAUGAAACAACGUGCUUUGACAAUUUAGUGCUGGACUCGUUCCAGACAUUCAAAGACAUUUUAAAGUGCCUGUUUGUGGAACAUUAGCGGGAGUUUGCUUCUAUCUGGUUUAAUGGAGCAGCUCUCCAGUGUAGUGGGAAGUGUAUAGUGGACAGUUUCCCCAGUGCUCUUAAUUAAUUGAUGACUGCAAAUCAAUGUGUUACUGAUGUACACCUUCCUUUACUUGAAUUUUUACUGUAUUUUCAAAUGUAUCUAUGCUUCUGUUGUAGCUUAUAGAUCCAUCUUUGGAAAAGGGAUUUUUUUAUUACUCUGGUUUACUGGUUGUAAUUACAUUUUAGUACAUUUUGUAUGAUUUCACUAUUUACCAUAUACCAAACUGAUUAUUUUUCAUCACUUUCCAAGCUACUUUUGCUGCCUUUCCAAACAUUUUGAGAGUUCAUCGAAGAGCAAACUCCUUCCUUUUUGCCUGUUGUUUUAUACUGUAUUUAAUAGCCUAUUUAUUUUUUACUUGUAUUUAUUUAUGCUGAUAAACACUGAGCUGGGAUUAUAAUUGAAGGUUGUUCUCUCAUUCUCAAUAAUAAAAAAAAAGCUCUAAUGUCCCAUGAUUUUGUCAAACCUGAGAUUGCAUUUGUGGAGCAAUAAAGUCUUAAACUGAA